CAUCACUUCGCGGUCAUCGCUUUCAGCGUCUUCUGCGUUGUGCUCACCAUCCAUGGCAACCCUGACCCGACCAAAGGUGCAAGAGCAAGAGCAACCGCAAGAUGAUAUAGCUGCAGGGGUCCCCACUCCCUUUCCCGAACAAUUCCUAACGGUGCCAAGGGAGAUCGACACGACGCAGCAGGCGACGAGCAGGUCACUGCCGCAGGAUGAGGCAUCGGGCGCUCAAGCGUCAUCGUCGAGGACAGGACUGCACGAAGUAUUGCCUUCAAUCUCCUACGUGCAGAAGUCCUGUCUGACGACGCUGAACAACCUCCUCGCCGUCCCAGCCGACAAGUGGGCGCCCAUAGUACCAGAUCGGCGCCAUUCCAUGCCCCCCACGCCCAACACCGCGUCCAUGGCCGAGAAGCAGGCGGCAAACCCGGAUACGUACUCCUCGGCUCUGCACACCCUCGUGUCGAAUCUGCGCAGCCGCGAAGAGGGACUCGGCGCAGGGUCUGCGAUGACGGAGAUCAAGCGAGGGACGACGGACUCGGAACUCAUCCGUGAGCUCGAGAGUCGCGUCGGUGAGCUCGCGCCGGCGCUUGACGCGCGCGACUUCCAUCUCGCGUCCAUCCUCGUCUCCCUCCUUGCGCACUUUGAACGGCUUUGCGGAAUAUCCGAUUCGUCCCCAUCCAGUCUCGUCCCCUCUGCCCCCUCCUCUCGCCCUGGCACCUCGGAUAGCAAGCCGCGGAGCCCGCUUGAAUCCUCGGUUGACCUCACCGAUCCCUUCUCCAAUCUGCGUCGGCAAUUGAGCGACUUCCAAGUGGAGCGGCAAACAUCCGGGACUCCGACUUCAGCGCCCGGCUCUCCUCCCGUGGUAGCUGUCGAGGCUGCGCUGCUGUGGACGCGGAUUGACGAAGAACUCGACACCGUCGUUCGCCUGUGCAAGGAGCGAACACUCGCGCCUGCAUACCACCUUCCGCCAGAAUAUGACGCGCCCGCGUACGAGACGGAGCAUCCGCCUGAGUACGACGAAGGGCAUGCACCAGCGCCUGAUGACAAAAUGAAGGCUGCAACAAGUGCAACAACUGCGCCGCCCCUCAACGAGAAGACGCGUAUGGACCUGGAAGCAAUCACCCUGGCGAUUGAUCGGCUUUACCUGGUCGCACCCCAGCUACAUAACCAGCGCGUCGAGCUGCGAUCUUCCAAAGUGCAACAACUCGAGCGUGCCCGCAUGGCUGGGUCUUCAUCCUCGACGUCCUCUAAAAAGGGCAAGCAGAAGGAGAAGGAAUCUGACAUACGGGAGCUUGAGAACAUCCUCGAGCUCUUGGGGAAAGCAACGGAACGCUCGCUGAAGGACCAGUCCUAUGUCCUCGAGGGUGGCAUGCAGUCACGGCUGGAGCGCGCAAAGCAGCGCGACGAUGCCAAACGUACCGCCUUCGUCGAACAGCUCGCGCAACACUCGGAUGCGCGACGAUUCCACGGACAAGACGCAGCAUUCCAACCACCCCGGGAACGCGCACCAGAACAGUUGCUAUCGCUGCCAGAGUUCAUGCGCGAGCCCAUCCCCGCGGAGCUCAUACGACGCGACCCGAACGCGCUUCUGUCGCUACCCGAGUUCGUCCGCGAAUCUAUGAUUUCGAAUACUGACGACACGCCGUCCUCGCCUCCGCCACCACCUUCCUCGUCCAUGCAACGACUGCGACAUUCGAAGUCCUUGCAACGAAUGCGGAGCCGAAGCAUGUCUGUACCCUCGUUUCCCUGGCUUAAGUCAAGUUCGCGUUCUCGAUCUGGGUCCGUGACUCGAGAUCAGGCUGCUGCGAAGGAAGUGGAUACUUCUCGAACUGCAGCCUUCGAAGUGACAUACGUCGCCGAGCACCACGAUUCCCUUCAGAAUGUCCUUGCCUUCUUCACGGUCACUGGCGCACCUUCAGGCGCCGAUAUCGAGGCAGAGGUCUUCCCGGUGUCGUCGAAUAAUGCAGCAGAAGGUGGCGAUCGUCUCGUCAUCAAAUGCGCAUCGAACGCUUCGGUACCGCUCAGUCUUCCUGCUCGCGUCGCACCUGGGAAGAAGCCCGUCACGACGACGGCUACGCAUUACGAGAUGAAGAUCCCUACGCUUGCAGGACCACCAGCACCGGAUGCACCCUCGCCUUACGAACCCGUCCCCUUACUAGACGCCACGCAACUUCAAACUGGCUCACCGACGAGCUUCCUGUGCGCAUCAUGCUCGUUGCCGCUGGUGCAAGGAGGAAGGCUGCGCGAGUACUCGGAUCUGCCGAGCGAGUACUGGGAGGAACUUGUGGAGGCCUGGAUGUGCCAUGCUGACCAGAAGCUGAACGAGCGGGUCAUGAGUGCCGGGCGGGGGUUGUGGCCGGCAGCGGGGCAGGCGCUCGUCGGCGGCAGUUAUGUGUUAUUCGACCAGACAUCUGUCUCUAGUCACAAUCUGCGUGUGGCGGAGCAGGCAAGGCGCGGCGAAGAGUGGCGGCAUGUUCGAUGCCUCUGUGGCUCGUAUAUUGGGCGUUGCCGGGAUCACCAGCCGGACAGCGGCGAGCGUACAAUGACCUAUAGGUUGCUGAAGUACGCCAUGCGGCCAAUAGGCCCGUCAGUUGAGCCCAUAAGGAUACCGCUAUCCGCGUACAUUGUUGAGGAUCUCACCGAGCUCGUGCAAGCGCACGCUUGCCACCGCUUCAUCCUCUUCGACGAGGAGGACGAGCAGCCGCGGAUAUUGCUAUGGUUGUUCAAGCCCAGCAUUCGCAUCGCGUACGCCCUCAGCAAACCAUUCGCUCUGCCACGUCGCGGUGCAGUGCAUGCGGCGAAGGUGCUCUUCAAGCUCUUAGGUCCAUCUGAAGGGCAUCCCGAUCUGAAGGCGACACUUGAGCGCUACCCCGGCUUCCCUCAGGCGGAGUACCUGUACUACCCGAUGAGCGUAUGCCAGCAGCUCGCGGCGCUGCUAAGGCAGAGCAACCAAGCGUACCCGGAGGCUAUGCGGACCAUGACUGGGCUGGACGUCGGUUGGUUGCAAAGAGCGUAGUGAGUGCGCUUUGGGUCCGGGUUGUUCAGUGUUGUGGAGAUGAAGCAGUGCUUAGAAUACGAAUAGACAUUGAAGAUACUAUGGUCAAAGGGGCGGGCCUCCGAUCUUGUUUUUCGAAAACGAAGCAUCCAGCG